GAGCGUGCGCUAAUAUGCAAGCGGUGGUAGUUCAGUGUUGGUGACUCUCAGGGUAGGUUUACACAUGCAGGUGGUGCUAGUUCAGUGCUAGGGAAGGUUUCUAGCUGCUAGUGGACUAUAUGAGGAUAUACAAUAGAGUUACUGACAAGUGAUACGAACAGUGAUUGGAACGUUGCAAGUGCACUGAAGUUGCAGUCAGUAAAGAGACCUCAUUUACUAUGGACGUGACGGUCAAAUUUUGAUAGGUGGAGUAAUCGUUUUAAUAAGUCAAGAGAUUUUCGAUCAUGUGAAGUUCCAUCUCCUAUGUUUAAUAAAUUGAGCACCAAUCAGCGAUAUGGCUGAUAGCAAUCACCCAUAUGAGUGCAACCUCUAUCGCUAUCUCAAGACAUCUCGUGAGUGUCGUGAAGAGUAGAAUGUUCUACUUGCCACACUGUGUGUUGCCGCCUGCAUGUAGUGAGGAGGAUGCAGCGGUAGAGCCCACACUUGCUGCUCUGAUCUAAAUUGCAACUAGCUUCAACAAUUGUUAAAUUGAUUGAAUUUAAAGUUAUUAACAGUCAAGCUUGCAACUGAGCUAUUUCAGAGCCGAUUCAUCCACACAACUUGUAACGUUACACUUGUUGGAGGCAGAGAAACGAGCCGACAAAAUGACUUCCAGGCUUCGACUGCUAGUUUACUUGGCUCUCUGCACCGGACUGAGCACUAUUCCUGUAAAUGCGUACAACAUUCUCCUGGCGGUGCCCAUUGCCAGCAAGUCUCUACAUAACUUGUUCACUGCGAUCGGAGAGAACUUGGUGAACGCCAACCACACGGUGACUCUCUUGACAAGUUUCCCGCCUUCGUUUUCUCAUCCAAACUUCAGCAGCUUGAAUGUUUUGGGUGAAGUGCCCCAGCCCAAGUAUAACGUCUUCGAAAUGCGCGAUAUCACAAAAGCCAUUGAAAAAUUUACCCAAGAAAUAUUCUUCAUCGGUGGAAUAAUGUGGGACAACGAAGAGGUCAAAGAGGUAUGGAAUAAGAGGAAUUCAUUCGACGCUUUCUUGACUCCUUCGUAUGCAAACGAAAUCUGCAUGCCGUUCUUACUAAACUACACCGGACAUUACAUGAUCGUCUCCACCCCCGGGGUGGAGUACAGUGCGAUGUCCAUGGCUGGCAAUUGGUUGCCGCCCUCAGUUGUUCCGUCGAUGAUUUUACCUUACGAUGAGUACAUGAGUUUCUUCGAAAGAACUGUCAAUGUGAUUGCCAUUCCAUUUCUUUACUUCUACACAAAAAGCUUCUACUUCUCCUACCAGCAGAAAUUCAUGGAACAAAAAUUCCCUGAAAUAGGAUCACUCGAAAGUUAUUAUUCAAGAGCGAGAUUAACCCUGAUCAACGGGCACCCUGCCCUGGACAGCCCCGUGCCCCUCCUGCCCAGUCAGGUCGAAAUUGGUACCAUCAACGCCAAGCCUGCCAAGCCCCUGCCCAACGACCUGGAGGAGUUCAUGGCCAGCAGCGGCGCCCACGGGGUCAUCUACUUCAGCAUCGGCAGCAUCGCUGAAAGCGCUGACAUCCCCAUCAGAGCAAAGCUAGAGUUUGUGGAGGCGUUCCGCAGGCUGCCGCAAAAAGUCGUGUGGAAAUACGAGGGCAGCGACUUGGAGCUGCCGCCGAACGUCCUGACGCGGGCCUGGCUCCCUCAGCAGGACAUACUCGGUCAUCCCAAGACGCGGCUUUUCAUUUCGCACUGCGGGAACCUGGGCACCCAAGAGGCCAAGUACCACGGCGUACCAGUACUUGCAGUGCCAGUGGCCUUUGAUCAGCCCAGGAACGCGGCUCGGAUGGUACGCAAGAAGCUGGCGCUGUCGCUGGAGUGGCAGACGCUCACCGCCCAGGCCAUCGUCGACGCCGUCAACGAGCUCGUCAACGACACCACAUACGGCGCCCGGCUGAGGACGAUCUCAGCGGUGCUGCAGGACCAGAAGGAGAGUCCCGGGGCUCGUGCUGUGUGGUGGAUAGAGUACGUGAUCCGGCACCAUGGGGCGCCGCACCUGCUGUACCCCGGCAAGCGCCUGCACUUCCUGCAGUAUGUCUCUGCAGACGUCCUGCUCUUCAUCGCCGUCUGCUGCUACGUCGUCUACAGGAUACUCAGAAGUGCGGUCGUUGUGGCGGUGGGCGCCUGGCGUGGCAGGCUCAAGGAAACCAAGAAAAAGAAACUUUAGUCACGGCCGUGGCCGGCGCCGGAUUUUUUUGUCCUGCGUAUCAAGUUAAUGAAUUUUCA